AUGCCAGCCCAAUAUCCUCUUAGUCCUCAAUUCAUGAUUUUGUCCAAUAUUACUCAGUUUAGCCCCAUGUUCUACCUCACUGGUUUUCCAGGAUUGGAAGCCAUCGAACACUGGAUUUUCAUUCCCUUUUUCCUUAUGUACCUUGUGGCCAUCUCAGGCAAUUGUUUCAUUCUGAUAAUUAUUAAGACCAACACUCGUCUGCACACACCCAUGUACUAUCUACUCUCCUUUUUGGCCCUCACUGACCUGGGACUGUCAGUGUCGACCUUGCCUACUACUGUGGGAAUCUUUUGGUUCAAAUCUCAUGGUAUCUACCUUGCAGCUUGCCAAAUCCAGAUGUUCUGUAUCCACUCAUUUUCCUUCAUGGAGUCCUCAGUGCUCCUUAUCAUGUCCUUUGACCGCUGUUUGGCCAUCUGCCACCCCCUUAGGUACUCAGUCAUUAUCACUAGCCAGCGAGUGAUUAGGACAGGUCUGGCUGUCAUAUUCCGGGGACCUGUGGCCCUAAUUCCUCUUGUCAUCCUCCUGAAGACUUUUCCCUACUGUGGGCUUCGAGUCCUCUCCCAUUCUUUCUGCCUACACCAGGAAGUGAUACACUUGGCCUGCACAGAUACCACCUUCAACAACCUGUAUGGACUGACGGUAGUGGCAUUCACUAUGAUGCUGGACCUGGUGCUCAUCGCACUGUCCUAUGGAGUCAUCCUGCACACUGUGGCAAAACUGGCCUCCCAUGAGGAGCAGUUCCGAGCUUUCCAAACAUGCACCUCACACCUCUGUGCUGUGCUGAUAUUCUUUGUGCCCAUGGUGGGGCUGUCUUUGGUGCACCGCUUUGGGAAGCAUGCUCCACUUGCUGUCCACCUUCUUAUGGCCAAUGUCUAUCUCUUUGUGCCUCCCAUGCUAAAUCCAAUCAUAUAUAGUAUUAAGACCAAGGAGAUCCGCCAUGUUAUCAGCAAGCUCCUGGGUCUUAAGAAGGUCAGUGCUGGAUCCAGAGGCUAA